AUGAAUAAUCAAAAUCAACAGGACAAUAGUAAUACUAACUAUUAUCAAGAACAACAACAAAGACAGCAACAGCAACAGCAGCAACAACAAAGGCAACAGCAGCAACAACAAAGGCAACAGCAGCAACAACAGCAAUAUCAACAGCAAUAUCAACAGCAAUAUCAACAGCAACAGCAACGCAUACCCAUUCCACGAUUAAACAGUUAUUCUAAACGUCAUCAAACACUUGUAUUACCAUCUACUCGAGUUAACAAUAGUGAACUUGCCAGAGCUCCAUUAAUUUUACCAUCCCAAGCUGCUCCUAGUCCUGCAAAUAGUUCAAAUACACGUAUCAGCCAACAACAACAACGACCAUCUUCGCGAUACCAGGACUUAUCAAGGCAACAACAACACCAGCCACAGUUACAUCCACAAUUACACUCUCAACUAGCUUCUCCGUUUGUUAGACAACACCUAUCUCAAUCACCUAUACAGUCACCACAUUCACCACGUGUAUACCCUAAUCAAGACCAAAACCAGCAAUUUAAAAGGAAAAUGAGCUAUACUAUGUUUUCACCGAACCCUGCGAGUCCUUUGUACCCUAGUACAUCAUCACAAUCGAACAGCAAUAAUAGAGGUGGUAACAACAACAGUGCAUCGUCACCAACUACAAAGAAGUUGAAAACAGACGAUUAUUUAUUUGGUACUUCACAUGGGUCCCCAUUAGCUACUUCGCCAUUACCCACGUCUGCUGCAUUACAACCAAACAUCAGCUAUACCAGGCGAUCAAAUACACUAAACGCAACAGCCAAACCUACUGCUGCCGCUAACAUUGCAUCUAUUAAAAAGGAGAAAACCCCUGAAAAUGAAAACGAGGAUCAACGAUUCCUAAGGUUAGCUCGAGAUGCAUUGGUUGCCACUGCCCAAGGUAUUAACCAAAAUAAUCGUGAAGUUGUUGAUCCAACAAUUCUGGAUUUAUUAACAAGAUUACAGUAUGCUUCUUCACCUCAUGGAAACCCCAUUUCUAAACUGGAAGGAUUAGAAGCCAAUGAUGCAGGACAAUUGAACAUCCAAGGGUUUUAUCAACUGUUUCCUAACUUGAGUAACAAUGUAUUUGCCACAGGUGGUGACGUCACUACGACUGACGAUGCUAAACAAACUAGUAUUACAAGUAGUAGUCAGGAACACGGAAGAGGUGUGACAAGUAAAUACAAUCCUGCUGGUAAUGAACUGGGAUGGAAUUUCUUGAUCGGGGAACCGCUACAAUUGAAAAGUGAUGCCGAACGACAAAGGGAAAGUAAAAACUACUCCCAUAAUAGUAAUAGACCUACUGGUCGCGCUUCAUCAAUCACAUCUUUGCUUAAUGAUACACCACUGCCAAUACAUCCAAUUUCUUUAGCUACGUCAGCCAAUCAAGCAUUACUGCAAAAGAAACGACCACCAACAACUAAAACCACCAGAAACACCAAGAAAACCAAAACAACAACAUCAUCCCCCGCUUUCAAAGAUCAAGCACGUAAGUUUCUUUGUGAUAAAUGCUCAAUGACAUUUCGUCGAUCUUCCGAUUUGAAACGACAUGCAAAGCAACAUCUUAGUAUUCCGGCUAAUAUAUGUCAAUAUUGCGGUAAAGGUUUUGCUAGAAAAGAUGCAUUAAAAAGACAUAUGGGAACUUUAACAUGUAAGAGAAAUGCAACAAAGAAGUUGUAUGUUGAUAAUUUGGCAUUUUUGAAUAAUGGAGGAGGACGAGGAAGUAAUGGUGGAGAAGGAGAGGAGGAAGAAGAAGAAGACGAAGAAGACGAAGACGAAGACGAUGAUAGCGAGAAUGAUGAUGAUGAUGAUGAUGAUGAUGAUGAUGAUGAUGAUGAUAAUGAUGAGGAAGAAAGCGAUCGAAAAGGAAAUAAUCGAAAGAAGAGUAAGUUUGGGAACAACCACGAUGACGAAGAUGACGAUGAUGAGGAAGAGGAAGAUGAUGACAAGAAACCAAAGUUUCCCACUUUCGGUUAUCAAAAGGGUAAUUGGAAGGUGUAA